AUGUCGCGCGCUGUUCUAUUGCUCGCAUUGAGCGCUGUUGCUCGGGCACACACCGUUGCAUGGGUCAAAGGCAUGUACUGCUUAGGCGGUCCCGACCUCUCGACAGACAACGCGAAUACAAACACAGCCGUCGCCCCUCUGUACAAUCUCACUCGUGAAGAUUGGUGGUUUCAACACGAUCGCGCCUGCGAUACAGCCCCUCCCUCGGACGGCGACAUUCUGCAACUCCCAGCCGGCGGCAGCUUCACCGUGGAGCUUGCACACAACCGGGCACAGACGACCCUUUCAUACGAUGGGAAAUACACCUCAGAAUGGCCAGAUGGGAACGAGCACCCCGAAGACUGGGCCGGGCCGGGAAGCCCGCCGGACUGUAUCCAGGACGAUGGGGCAAUGCACACCAACAACCAAUCCAUGGCUGCUGGCACCGCGUUUGCAAUUAGUUAUCAGUCUGACCUGGCUGCGGUCACUAUGGAGAAUUUGGUUGUCUUUACGGUGUUGGAACACACACCGUGGAAGCGAAUCGCUACCUAUGAAGUGCCCAAGGAUCUCCCUGAAUGUCCUCCUAGUGGAUGCACCUGCGCUUGGUUAUGGGUCCCGAACGGUUGCGGACAGCCGAAUAUGUAUAUGGCUGGCUACAAAUGUAACGUCACUGGAUCGACCUCAUCGAAAAAGGUCGCUACCGCUCAAGUUGCCUCGUACUGUGAGGAUGAUACCAGCAAAUGCGUCAAGGGAGCUAAGCAAAUGAUUGCUUUCAAUCAGCAAACCGGAAACAAUGUCGAAGUCCCUAGUGGCAAGACACCGAUGUACAAUAUGGCAUGGGGGUGGGAAAAUGGUAUGUUUUCAUCUACUAUACACUCAGAGGAUUACUAA